CUGAACAGACCACUGGGGUUAGCCAAACCACGCUCACAACCCACCGUGCUGACUAGCGAGCAAGCUGCCGACACAACUUCAGCUGAGAAGAAGCGACGGGAGGAAAGCUUAACCGAUGACGUCCAGGAUUCACAAUAAAAUGUGCUGGAGCCGGGCCCUUCUCACCGGCUGGAUUCUUCUGCUGGUCCAGUAUCUGUGUUUAGAGGCAGUGCCCAUCAGUAUUGAUAAGACAAAAGUCAAAGAGCCAGAGAAAACACCUGAAGAGCCUCCAGCUAGUGUGGACACUGGACUCCACUACGACCGCUACCUCAGGGAAGUCAUUGAUUUUCUAGAGAAAGACCAGCAUUUCCGAGAAAAACUCCACAAUACAGACAUGGAAGACAUCAAGCAAGGUAAGCUGGCCAAAGAGUUGGACUUUGUCAGCCAUCAUGUCAGAACAAAACUGGAUGAGUUGAAGAGGCAGGAGGUCAACCGACUCCGGACUCUCAUCAAGGCCAAACAAGACCUUGAAGGAGGGAAUGACAUCGCAGUGGACCACCAGGCUCUGCUGAAACAGUUUGAGUACUUGAACCAUAUGAAUCCACAUACAUUUGAAGUGGAUGACCUGGAUCGGCUCAUCAGAUCGGCAACUAAAGAUCUGGAGAACUUUGACAAAGAGAGGCACGAUGAGUUCAAGCGGUAUGAAAUGAUGAAAGAGCAUGACAGACGUGAACACCUGAAAACACUGGAUGAGGAAGAAAGAAAGAAAGAGGAGGAGCACUAUGAGGAGAUGAGGAAAAAACACGCUGACCACCCUAAAGUCAAUCACCCAGGUAGCCAGAAUCAACUGAAGGAGGUGUGGGAGGAGGCCGAUGGCUUGGAUCCUGAAGAUUUUGACCCCAAGACCUUUUUCAAUUUGCAUGAUACCAAUGGAGAUGGCUUUUUUGAUGAGCAGGAAUUGGAGGCACUGUUUACCAAAGAGCUGGAAAAAAUUUAUGACCCAACUAAUGAAGAGGAUGAUAUGGUGGAGAUGGAGGAAGAGAGGCUACGUAUGAGGGAGCAUGUUAUGAAUGAGGUGGAUUCUAACAAAGACAGACUGGUCUCCUUAGAUGAGUUCCUGGUUGCCACAAAGAAAAAAGAAUUCUUGGAGCCAGAUAGCUGGGAGACCCUGGAGCAGAACCAGGCUUACACAGAUGAGGAGAUGAGGGAGUUUGAGGAGCAUCUUGCUCAGCAGGAACAGGACCUCAGCCAGAAGGCUGUUGACCUUCAGAAACAGAGAGAAGAGCUGGAGAGGCAACAGGAGCAGCUGAAUGCACAGAAAAUCGAGCUGCAACAGGCGGUUGAGCACAUGGAACGGCUAAAAUCACAAAAAGUUGAACCCCCUCCAGAGGUUCAUGUUGAAGGAAAUGCUAUCCCAGAGGGCCAUGCAAUGGACCAGUUGCAUCAUGAACAAGAGGCCCAACCACAAGAGCAUGAACCUGCACCCCAAGCUCCUCAGGAACACCAUGCAGAACAAAAUCAAAUCCUGGACCAGCAAGGUCUCCCCCAGACACACCAGGAUCUGCCACCAGGCCACCAGGAAGCUGCACAAGGCCACCAUAAUUUUCCGUAACAACUGUUCGAACUUGUAUCUCCACUACCAGACUUUGGCAGCACUUCCACUCCAGCGUGCAGAGGAGCAGUCUCUCGUGAUUAUUAGGCCUCUUUAACCAGCAUGACUUAGGGGUUUGGAAGACACUUGAGAUGAAGGAGAGCAGCACAAAAGGAAUCCCUGUUGAAUGACAAUAGUGUUUGAUAAUAACUGUAUUCCUCAGAUUACAUCAUGGAAUUACAACAGAAAACCAACCACAGAUGUGCAUCUUAAAAUGUGUAUACUUACAUUUUCAAAGAGUUGUGUGUGAUUACAUUAGAAAUUGUUAAGAAUGUUCAGUAAUAAGAUUAUUGCAAAAAUGUGAUUUUUGGUGAGCUGUCAAGACCUGCUGUUUGUUGUAGAAAUGACAGAACCCGUAAAGAUGACGUUACCGGUUCAGCCAGUGCCUGCUGGAUAAGUAAAGUGCAGCGGUCGACGGGGACAAGGUGUUGAAGGUAAUUUUGAUUUCAUUACUUCGCCUUUGCUGACUUGACUAUUCAAAAGGAACAGCGACGUGUAAUUAUGAUCCACAAGUGUUCGGAAAGCUCUUUGUAGUAAACACAUUUUAAUUCCAUCAUCUCUAGCUGCCGCUGUCACAAGAUAUGAUUUUUCUAACCAGAAAGGGCCCCAUAAAGCCAGGUUGCUCAGAGUCCUCAUACUUUUGUCAAAAAAUCCUUUUACCAAUACUUUUGCUACUUUCUUAAUGUUGAUUAUGGUUGCGGUCAUAGCCCGUCAGCCGUUGACUUUGCUUGAAACAUAAUUUUUCCAAUGUGUGCUCUGCCUGAAAAACACCAGAUACAGGUCUAAAGAGCACACCGCAGCUGCUCUCCACUGAUUUUGGUGUUAGAAUAAAUAAAGGUGCUAGGUUCCUUAAAUAUAGUUCAAUGUAAAAUAUCCCACUCCCUCAUUCAACAGAUAUUCCCCUAUUUCAUCGUAGCCCAAAAUCCUGCAGAUGUUUAUUAUAAGGGAGUAGAAAGUUACUUACAGAAUGUGGUCGAAUACGUUUGCCCAGGUACACCUCAUAGUAUGAUGGGCAUUUUCGAUUUCAGUCUAUUGUGCAUGGGCAAAACGUGUAUUUUUAUUUAUGACCUUGUUAGAAUUGAUCAUGGGUUUUUUUUUUCCAUUUUGUUUAAUAAAACUGUUAAGAAGCUUAUGCUAUCAAUGAAAGUGUAGAAUUUUACUCAUCUGCUGGAUUUGAUGAAUUAGUUCGGUUAAUUUAAAAAUGAUCAGAACAAAAGGGCAAACCUCUAAGUUUCUAAGAUCUGAAUCUGUUCUCUUCAGCUCACAUUACUGAGUGUGUAUUACGUGGUCCUUAUUUGAAAAACUUGAUUGCAUGGCAUAUUUUUCCCCCCCCACAGAAUACCAGUUUGGUGUAAUUGCUGUGCUAUCCAGGUUGCUUUUUUCGUGUAUGUUUGUGAUUUCUUCUAGCUGGCAGAUUGGCACUUUUUACUGAAGGAGGUUUUGGUUGUAUCUGGUGAAACAACAGGUCUGCCUUAAAUGUGGUUUUACUUCAUACAUAAUUAGGACAUGGAAUACAUACUGUCCUUUUUUUGCAAUGUCAUUUGAUUUCUGUGUGCCAAGUGUUCCUUUGAGACAAUACUGCAUCCUAUUUUGCACAAGAUGUACAAACUGUGUUUUCUGCUGGCUUGCUGAUGGAUAAGAGAGUCAUUUGACAAUACUGUACACCUCAUUUCAAGACAAUAAAACAGUUAUGACAA